UGAUUCAAUUCAUUUUGAGUCUGUAUAAUUGUAAAUAAAAAUUUUACAUUAACGAUUUGCAACCAGAUCCCGAUUAUUUAAUCCGAAUCCUGAUUCUGCGAGUUCUUAUUUUGUGAGAACUGUUGUUGUUAUCCUCAUGUCUUCAGUGGUUUCAGAAUACAGAAAAUACUUCGGUUUCGAACAACUUUUGCAAGUGUUACUGCUGAAGCGCAUCCUCCUCUUGGGCUAUAGGAUCGAAAGGUUACUAUAUUUGACCUUGGUUUGAGCAAAAAUUUGAAGAAAUUUCUCUCGUUAUGGAUGAUGAUCAGUUUGAUAUUGAGCUACAGGCUCUACAUCUGGUGGAAAAUAAUAAUAUUGAUACAAAUACAGUAAAUGAUAAUUCAGUUUCUAAUGAUAUUGAAAAAUCCCAUGAUGUUCGUCAUCACUGGAAAGUAGCAGCGAAGAAAGCGUUGCAUUUAAGUGAUCCUUGGGAAGAGUUUCAUCUGGAGCAACUUGAAACAGAAGUUGUUUGUCGUUAUCGUUUUAAUGCUGUGCGACAGACUUGGUAUAAAGAUGAAGUUCUUGUCAAAAUUGCCAAAGAGCCUUUCAGUCAUGGUGCUAUGAGAUCUUGCUACAGGCUAAAAAAGUGGUCUACUUUUACUCAUCGUCAGAAUUGGCGCACUGCUUCAAACUAUGUUGCCAAAGAAUACAUGGAGAACGUUGAUCGAAAUGUUUAUUUUGAAGAUGUGAAACUUCAGAUUGAUGCUAAACUUUGGGGUGAAGAGUAUAAUCGGCACAACCCACCAAAAAAAGUGGAUAUAUUUCAAAUGUCUGUGAUAGAGUUUUUUCAAAGGCCUGGAAAACCUUUGUUUCAUUUGGAGCAUUACAUUGAAGGUGAUUACAUCAAAUAUAAUUCAAAUUCUGGAUUCAUAAGCUGUGAAAAGAUGAGACUAACUCCACAAGCAUUUAGUCAUUUUACAUUUGAAAGAUCUGGGCAUGAGUUAAUUGUUGUUGACAUUCAGGGUGUUGGUGAUUUGUAUACAGAUCCUCAGAUUCAUACUGCUUCUGGUAUGGGAUAUGGAGAUGGAAAUUUGGGUAGUCGUGGCAUGGCCCUAUUUUUUCAAACCCAUGUCUGCAAUGCUAUAUGCCAAAGCUUAGGAUUGUCUUCAUUUGAUAUGGCUCCCUCUGAAGUAGUGAAGAAUAAAAAAUUGAUUAACUUACAGAUGUCUUGCAAAACCAGAGUCAGAGGAACUGAAGAUAUUUGCUUGAGUCCUUCUUACAAAGAAAGAGCUCUGUGGAAAGAGCAUAUUCGCUCCCGUACUGCUUCUGGCAACAGUCCGACAUCGGGCUCAUUCUCCUACAUGUCUGACUCCAGUGACAGCACCAGUAGGGAUUACAUGUCAGAGAGCAUGAGAAGUGAGAGCUUCAGCUAUGAGGAUGAAGACGAAGAUGCGGGACUUGGAUCGGAGGAACACAAUUUUCCAUUCCCCAUGAAUAACAGUGACUCUGGCGUGGGAUCUGCCAAAAGGAAACGCACAAGAUGUUCAUCUGAAUGCAGUGUUACUGAUGAAAAUGAAAUAGUAGAAUUUGCUGAAUUAGUUGCUCGUAAGUCCAGGCCUUCAUGUGUACACAACGAAGUGCAAAUGCGAGAUUUGCAAAAUGAAAAUGAGAAUAAAUACUUUGGUCACUCUGUUCUCGGGCAGAUCCAUUUGGAUUUGGCGAAAUAUCAUGAAUUGGGCAGAUUCAGUGCUGAGGGUGAGGAUUAUGAUCAAAAUGCAGCAUUCUUUCAUUUAGAGCAAGCUGCAAAAUGUGGCAACCUGGAAGCCAUUAAUGUCAUUUCAAAAAUAUAUUUGAAAAUUCCUCAUGACUUCCUCAUUGCUGUGACUGUUAAAGAAAGUGAGGAGAAUGUAGCUAUUGGCAUGAACUACAUGAAACAAGCUGCUUGUUCAGGAGACAGAGCUGCCAUGAUAUUCCUUGCAAAAGCUCAUGACACUGGAGAUAAUGUGAUAGAAAAGAAUUGGAAAGAGGCUGUUUAUUGGUAUGAGAAAGCCAUUAAAACAGAAGAGAUUGACGAAGGAGGAGAAUAUGAUGCAUGCAUGCAUGAUCCUAGCUAUGAGCUUCUUGCUCGCCAGGCAACCCUUUACAAGGAGGGUGGCUAUCAACUACAAAAAGAUCCUUACAAAGCUGGUGAAUUAUUCAACUUGGCUGCUGAAACUGCUCUAGCUUGCAUGAAAGGGAAAGUUGCUAACAAGUACUACAUGUAUGCCGAAGAAGCAUUCGCUGAGGCUGAUGAAUAAUUUUGAAUGAUGAAUUUUUUUCUCUGUUAUUUUAUGGUUUUCAUAUUUGUGUUCCAUAAUACACACAUGUUUAUUUGUAUUUAAAUAGAUUUGCUUUUUUAUGAAGCUCACGAUUUACAAUUGUUAAGUUAAGUUGCGAAUUACUUUUAAAUUAAUUUCUAAUUUUAUGUUGUUCUUUUCUUUUUUUUAGUUUUAAACCUUAAGUACUUGGUCUGGUUCAUCUUCAACAUUUAAUUAAAUUAAAUGGAGUGAAGCAAUUUGUUAAUUACAAUUAACAGUUUCCAUUAAUUUUAGUUGCAUCUCAUUGAAUAUUGGUUUCUUUUUUAUUAGAAAAGAAAUUUCAGUGGGCAAAGCUUUUUAUUAAAUUUGAGCAUGAUUUUCUAAUCAUAACUGUCUUCACACAACAAAAAUGUUAUAAAAAGCACGAAAUGUUAAUAUUUAUUAUAUUGCAGCUAAUUUUGCAUCAAAAAGCCUCAUCUAACAAGCUUGUAUAUUUUUUUCUCUCAAAAUAACAGUAAUAUAAACUAGCCGAGUUGGAAAUAACUUAAGUGUUUAAAAUAUGCACUGUAAUGCAUUUAAAACUGCGGCUGCCAGUAGUUUAAAAAUAUUAAUAAAAAAAAACACUAAGCUGUCUGCUGUUUAGAUACCAGUGCUCAAUGCAAAAUAGUUAUAUAAUAACAGGUACAUUAAUCUAAAGUCUACUGUUAAAAUCAAUAUUCUGAGUUAUUUAAGUUACAUUCUACAAGAUGAUUUUAAUAUAUUUUUGGGCAAAUCUAAAUCCUAAGCGAAAAAGUCUUUCUUGAAAUCUGGAGUGAUUUAGCUUAAGGCAGUUACACAUCCACAUUUCAAACGUUUUUUAAAUAAAAAUGUGAAAAAUUAAGUGAAAAGGUAAUUUGCAUAAAAUUAGAUGUUCAUACUGCGGAGAAUAGAUUAAAAAAAUAUUUAAAGAAAAUCAAUUUUUGAAUAUAUUUUAAAAUUUUUAUGUAUUUUUUAAAAUUUAUUAUUGUUAAUAUGUAUGUAAACUUUUUUGCAUAGUCUUAAGUCUUACGACUCCUGUCUCUCCACUGGUUAGUUUUUAUUUACUUUUUUAAUAUGCAAAAAAGUUAAAAGGUUUCUUCAAAAUUUUAGACAUUAUACCAAUUUUUUUCUCUAUAACAAUUUUGCUUUUUUUGAGUUUAAAUUGUAGAUACAAAGUCAUUGCUUAUUGGCUCAAAUUUGAUGCAAACACUUUUUUAAUUUUCUCAAUAUUUUCAUCUAACAAAUUCUUGUGAAGCUUGCAAUAUGUUUGUAUUGUAGAAUGUGCUUUAAUUUUAUGAAACAAAAACUCACUUAACACCUUUUUAUUUUGUUAUGAAAAAAUCUAAACUUAUUUAAACAUUUAAUUUUAGCAUGUUUUAAGCUGAAUUGUCUAAAACUGGUUUAUUUUUAUUUUGUCAUAGAUAUAGAUUCCUUGACUAAAUAUUGACCAGUUUUUGUUGGUAGGGUCAUUUUUUUUACAUAGGCUCUAAAUUUGAUCCAUUGUAAUGGACAAUACUAGAUUUGAUAACCAGUCUACUUAAUUCAUGAUUCUGAGUUAUACUGAGGUGAUAUAAAAUUAGUUUUCUGCGAAAAUUUAUAUUUAAUAAGAUGGACUAAGAUGAUAGCAUAUUUAAUUAAACUAAGUUGAAUAAUUUAAUUAAAGUAUAAUUUGUGAGUGCAGUCAAAUUACUCAUGAUCUUUCAUAUUUGCUUCUUUAUGUGUGUUUUGAUCGCUUGUUUGUUUAUAUGUUUUUGUGAUAUUUUUAUAAAAUCAUGAAGUUUCCAUUUUGUUUUCAUUUUUCUUGCUACGUUUAUUAUGUUUAUUUGAUUUUUUUCUUAUGCAUUUGUAAGUUUGUUCCAAGUUUCGGUAAAUUUAAUGUGUAGCUUUACUUGCUCAUUUGUCAUUCAUACAUUUAUGCAUCUUUGAAUUUUAAAAUACUAUUAUUUCUUGUCAAUUUAAUCAAGUAAUUGAUAACUUUAUUAAUUAUCUUAAUCAAGAAGUAUUAAUAAUUUCAAUUUCUUCAGUUAUUUCAAAUAUCAAUGAAAGUGAAGUUUCUGAGAAACUUUCUUUUUUUUUAGUUUGGCUUUUGUUUUGAAAAUGAUUUUACUUUUCAUUGUAAAAAAAUGCUUUUGUAGAUUUGUUUCACUCAAAUUAUUUCAUCCACAUAUUGAUUCUUUCAUUUUCUUUUCUUUCUUGUUUAUCAUGUAUCCACAUUUAAAAUGGCCUAAUUAAGGAAGCUAAAACUCAUAAGCUAAUUAGUUUUUUUUAAGGGAUAAAUGAUGAAUGUUUUUUGAUACUUAUUAGUUGCAGAAAGUUUUUUUAACUUUAGGAAGUCUUAAUUUUUUUUAAAAAUAUGUUUGUAAGGUUUGUAGCAUUUCUGAUUGUACUUAAAAUAGUCUGUAUGUUUUUAAUUUAAUAAGAUAUUUUAGUUUUGAUAGGGAAGAAGUGUUUGUGAAAAGUAACAAAAAGGUCUUUUUUUAAAAAAAAAUUUAAUAUAAUGUACUUUUUUGACAACGGUAAUAUGUUAAUGUUGACAAAGGUAAUACCGAAGGUUGAUUUUAGUUAUUUUAUAGUGUUUAUACAAAGACUUUAAACUUUGCAAUUCUUUUCAUAUUACAUCUGUAAUUGGCUGUAAUUAUUAUUUUAAAAUAAUCAAAUUCAAUUUCACGAAAAAAUUCAUUUUUAAUUUAAAAAAGUAAUUUAUUUAGCUUUUUUAUGAAAUGCAAAAUUGUUAAGAAAUCCUCAAAUUAUAAUUUUAAUUGCUUUUAUAGUUAUUGCGUUGUUUAAUAUUUUUACUAUUCUUAUAAUAAUAUAAGCCAAAAAUUGUUAAGUAAGCUUAAAAUUGUUGCAUAAAAUAGUAUGAUUAAGGUUUUAUUUUCCCUGUUAUGUUUUAUUUUAUUUCUCACUCUAGUUUCAGAGAUCUCUUUCAUCCGUUGUUUUUUUAUUAUUAUUAUAUUUUUAGUAUUUUCUUUUUUUGUCAUGGUUGUUUUAUUGCUACUUUUCAUAAUGGUGCUCUGUUUGAAUCUUUAUUUUUCGACUUAAUAACUUUGCCAGAUGGAAACAAAAAAGUCAAAAACACUUUCAAAGCUAUGAUCUUCUAGGUAUCUUGUAUGUGAUGUAUGUUAUUGUGUAACUCUCUAUUGCGUUUGCUUUCUUUCUGCACUUUGUAUGUUGACAUAUUUUGCUUUUGACAGCUUAUCUUUGUGUUUUUGUAUGAUUUAGCCAAUUUAGAAAGGCUUAUAAAUGUGUGACUUAGUCUGCUUUUCAUUUUAUGUAUGGGCUUUGAUAUUUGUGAAAUAAUCUCAAUUUGUUAUACUUGCAUUCAGCUCUCUAUUAACUGAUUUUUUUUUAUAUUUUUACUAUGCAUAGUUAUAUCUUUAUGUAUAGUGUUAGCUAAACAUAUACUCUUUGUAAAAGAAAUAGGUGGUUCAACGCAUGUUUCAACUCUCUGUAUUAUUAUAAUUUUUUUUCUGUUGCAGUAUUGCUUUUAAAUAGUGUUUUAUUGGUAAAAGUAAAUUAAGGGAGACUUUUCAAGUUUAAAUAUAUAUGAGUAUAUAUUUGAACUUGUUUUGUAACAACUGAUCUUAAUAUACAUUUUUUCAAUUGUUGUAAAAAACAUGCUCAUUAAGAAUUGCAAAUGAAUAUGUAAGUGAGAAAGAAACGAAAAUAUUAUCAAAAUCUAUCCACUCAAUAUUAAUAAAAGAUAGACUAAAAAUGUCAAAACCUGUUUGAUUGGAGGUCAGAGGAAUGUAGAAAAGGGAUUAAUAUGAAGAACUUUCUAUGUUGGCAAUCAAACUGAUGAUGUUUUUCUUUCCCUCUUCUUUACUAGUGAUUCGAUAAAUUUUGAUAUUGAUUUUUCUCAAUUAUAUAUUAAUUUGCGGCUCUAAUGUGUAUACAUAAUAAUAACGUCUAAUGUGUAUAUGGUACUCUCUGUAUAAAUUUUUCAUUUUGCAGCAUGCUCAAUCGAGUAUAUUGUUCUGAAGGCAUGAAUCAAAAUUUCUGUAAAUAAAGUAACAGCAUUUUAGCAUAGGGAGGAAAUAAACUUCCGCAAAGUUUAAAUGUUGUUUUCUUAACAAUGUUUCCCUUACUCACAGACACAAUAAAUUGUUUCUGUGUGCAUCAGAUUUUCUUGGAAAUUUAACACCUCAUAUUAAAUAACCCAGUUUCUGUAGCAGAUAGAAUUUAUAUUGAUUGAAUUUAUAGUUUUUUAAAAAUUAAAUGUGAGUACUUAAUUUUAAGGAAGUCCCGAUUUGUCAUUUACUGAUGAAAUUUUAUAAAUGCAAUGAAGAAAAUCUAUAUGUAAUUUAGUUUUGCACACAAUUGAAAUUUUUCUAGUGUAUCCUAAGGAAAAUUGAAGGAUUUAUUAUGUAUCCAAGUGGAAAAAAACCCUUUAAAGCUUGUUUUAACUAUACACUUUUCAAUACAAAAAAAUGCUAUAUUUUUCUAAUCUGAAUGAAUUUUACCGAAUUCUGUUCUGUUAUGUAUUCUAUAAAAUGUGAAUUUUUUUUUUCCUUUUUAAAAUUUGACCACGGCUUUUAGCUACCAAUUUGUAUCUUUUUGUAAAAUGAACAAUCCUUAAAAAAGAGCUCUGUACACUUGGUUUAUGAAUAGAAAAUGUAAAACAUGAAUCAUUAAUAACUUUUGCAUAGAGUAUAUUUAUGAAAAAUGUCUUGCCAAAUAUUGUAUGCACUGCAUUAUAACCUGUGUAUUGCACUCACCUUUUCUCUCUGUAGUUGUAAUUAAUGUCAAUUUUUUGUAUGUUUAUCGCUAAACUUCUGAAGAAGUUGCAUACUUAUGUACACAGCAGAAAUGUUGUCAGCAUCCGUUUGAAUCUGUCCCAGUGAUUUAUGAAAGGAGCUUAAAUAAUCAUUAGUGAUUAGCCAGAAGUAUUAUGAUCAGACAAUUGUAGUGGAAUGAAGACACUUUUGGAUAGUUAUUGUGUCAAUUUUAUUCUUUUAUAUACUAACAUCUAAUCGUAGUUUUGAUUGGUAGAUAGUAAACUUUGUAUUUGUUACUAGUAGUGAUAUUAUUUUCUAGUUGUUUGUCGAUUUAAAAGAGCUGAAUGUCUAUUUUUUAUGCAGUGCCGAUAUUCAUGUGAUAUAUUGAUCUAUGCGACAUGUUCUCGUUAUUUUUUGAAGAAGAAAAAUGAUAAAAAUUAUUCUUCCUUGAA